GCCAUCUCAAGAUCUCCAAAUUCAUUCACAUCACCAGUCGAUUCCCACAGCACCCCAUCCCCCUUCCCCGAAGUUUGACUUCAUCUCUCUAGCCGUCAGCUACGAGCAUUAAAUUAUUAAAUUUUACCAAUUAAUCUACAGAUCUAACCUCUAACUCCAAUUCUCUCGAUAAUUACGACAAAUUCAACCACUCUGAGAAGUUUCCAAAUUUAGUUGCCUCCUCAAGACAUAACCCGGAGAAGUUGGUCUUGGGUCAUAUUGCACCAUUGUUACCAGACGCAUACCUACAGUCACUCGUUGUGACCAUGGCCGAAUUCACCGAGGGGUCAGAGAUGCAAAGCUGGCCCGCUCCCAUUCCCCGAGCUGGGCGCAAUCCUCCACGGCGAGGCGGGUAUCAUCAGCCAAACUAUGCCGGGAUACAAAAAUCAGAUUGGAGAGCGAAUCAAAAUCGGAGGCCACAGCACCCCAUUCCAAACGCUACGCAACAACAGCCAGUCGGUCCCAAACUGGACGGCCCCAUACUCAAGACCAAGGAACCCUGGCAGAAAUGGACCGAGCUGACUGUGCGGGUCUCUCAGCUCCCGCCAACGGUGACGACCUGGGAUCUCUUUAAUCACUUCGAGCGUGAGGGAUCUAUUGCCUUCAUUGAACUCCAUGAGAAUUCAAGGGGCGUCCGCCAGGACAGCGCCAGAAUCCGAUUUUCACCACCACCAAAUACUGAUUUUUGGUCCCGCGAUCCUAUUACCAUCCGCGUGGAGUCUCCCGAGAUGAGCGAAUAUACCGUCAAAGUAUUCCCAGAAGGAAAGAAGCGCUCAUUUGAGAUCCAGAGUCCUAUUCGGAAGAUGAAGUGGUAUCCGGAGGUGACCGCUUUGUAUCCUCGGGAACUCAAUUUUGGCAUCAUGUUUUCGGAAACGGAAAUGAUGAAGAAGAGGACUGAGGUGGCGCGUUCGAGGAACCAGAUGAAGCUUAAGAUUGAUUUAAUGCGGAGGAGAAUCGUUGCAAUCUUUGAUGUCGACUACGAGAACGAAACGGCGAGCAACCCGGGCUUGAAGUGGAUCAAGCAUAUGUUCCAGGUGCCAUUCGGCCAACUGAGAGUGAUGCAUCGAGUCAAGUUGGAUAAUGAGAAGUGGGGGCUACUGUUAACCUUGGAAAGCCCGCCACAAUUCUAUCUCAAGGAUUUUAACAUACAAAGGACACACGUCAAGCAAUCCCUGGUCUGGAGCGAGUUUGAUUCAUGGUUUAGGGUAACAGAUGUGGUUGCAGAUUCAGGGGCCGUGAGAAAAGCGGUUGUUAGUCUGAACAAAGCUGCUCCUAUGAUCGAUAUCGGACGUUGGACAACAUACCUCUUUGUUUUUGACGAAAACGAUGAGAGCUCGAAAGUGUUCCCUGACGUACAGUCUGCCCUCCAGGAUUUCAACAUCGAUGUUGUGGAUUUGGACUCAUUUAGCACAAUUCCCAAUGCACCGGCGAAGGUUUGGGAGAUGAUCGAUGCUCCGAAUGCUGAUGAAGCUGAGGAUGAAAUGCACUAUUUGAUGGAAAACAGCGACAAAAGCACCAUUUUGCCAUUCGAAGUAAGGUACCAGCUUGAAGUUUGCAUCUCCCGCAAUAUACUCGAAGUGCAUAACAUCACCCCAGAGUUUGUCAAGGAACUGGCAAGUUUGGUAGAUACCGAUAAAGAAAGAGCCACUUGUAUCCUCGAGUACAUUUCAGAACAGGGGAAGCGCAUCUAUGAUGUUAUGUCAAUAUUCAAGGAUCCAGAUGCGUUGGCACACUCACCCAAGUCUAAAAUCCCUACCUAUUGUGCCUACACAAGGAAGGCCACCGUCACCCCAACAACAAUAUACUUCAGUAGCCCAACUGUGGAAACCUCCAACCGCGUUAUCCGGAAGUUCUCUGCACACGGCGAUCGCUUUCUCAGAGUUCAGUUCACUGAUGAGUUGUUUGAGGGACGCAUAAAUGCAUGCGCAGAUAAAAUCCGCAACGACCAGCUAUUCACCAGAGUUUAUCGGACACUGAAAAAUGGCAUCCGGAUCGGUGACCGUCAUUUUGAGUUUCUCGCCUUUGGAAACAGCCAGUUUCGGGAGAAUGGCGCCUAUUUCUUUUGCCCCACAGAUGGGUUGAGCUGUGUCCAGAUCAGAGACUGGAUGGGCAAGUUCCAUCACAUCAAUGUUGUGGCGAAAUAUGCCGCCCGGUUGGGGCUUUGCUUCUCGACGACUCGGGCGAUUCGUAACACCGGAAUGACGGUUCUUGAGCUGCAAGAAGUUGAACGCAAUGGAUACAACUUCACUGAUGGGGUUGGAAAGAUUUCCCCGUUUCUUAUGAAAAUGAUUGCAACAGAGCUCCACCUCUUGCAUGAACCAUCGGUGGUCCAGUUUCGUAUGGGAGGUUGCAAGGGGAUCCUCGCAAUAUCUCCAGAUGCCAAGGGACAAGAAAUCCAUAUCCGAAAGAGCCAGACGAAAUUCACGGCAGAGUAUAUGGGUUUGGAGAUUAUUCGGACCUCGAGCCAUUCUGUGGCGACUUUGAAUCGACAGACCAUCACAAUUCUAUCCGCGCUGGGGGUUGAAGAUCAUGUUUUCAAUCGGAUGCUUGAUGAGCAACUUUCAAAUUACAUGGACGCCAUGAAUGAUCCAGACAAGGCCCUGGAGCUCUUGGGAAGAUACGUCGAUGAUAACCACAUGACGAUGAUGAUUGCAAGCAUGGUCUUGGACGGCUUCAUGCGUACCAAAGAACCAUUUGUCCUAUCUCUCCUCCACCUAUGGAGGUCGUGGUCCAUCAAACUUCUCAAGGAGAAAGCAAAGAUUAUUGUUGAGAAGGGAGCAUUCGUCUUAGGAUGCACUGAUGAAACACAGACUCUUAGGGGUCACAGCAAAACUACCAACGCCGGAAAAGGUACAAUCACAGCAGAAGAUAUAGACAAGCUUCCACAGAUCUACCUCCAAGUCACCGACAGAAAGGAUCCUCGGCACAAUGUUAUCAUCGAAGGUCUCUGCCUUGUUGGGCGUAAUCCCUCGCUGCAUCCCGGCGACAUCAGAGUUGUCCAGGCGGUUGACGUUCCAGCUCUGCACCAUCUCCGCGAUGUAGUGGUAUUCUCACAGCUGGGAGACAGAGACGUCCCUGGGAUGUGCUCUGGAGGGGAUCUUGAUGGUGAUGACUUCUUUGUCAUUUGGGACCAGGAUUUGCUCCCGCGAGAGUGGAAUGCAGAACCUAUGGACUACACAGCACCUCCGCCUGUCAAGUUAGAUCGCCCGGUUGAGAUUAACGAUGUGAUGUCGUUCUUCGUCAAGUAUAUGAAGAGUGAUACCCUUCCAACCAUUGCCCAUGCCCACCUUGCACUCUCUGAUCAGCUUGAUUUCUCUGUGAGAGACCCAAAAUGCUUAGAACUCGCCGCUUUGCAUUCCAAGGCCGUCGAUUUCGUGAAGAGCGGUAUUCCAGCCGAGAUGCCCAAGUAUCUGCGACCUCGAAAGUGGCCCCAUUUCAUGGAGAAGAAACACAAGCCAAAGGAGCAGAUUUACGUCUCCAAGAAAAUCCUGGGGCAGCUCUACGACAAAGUCGAGAGCGUCGAUUUUAUUCCCCACUAUGAAUCUCCCUUUGAUAAGAGGAUUUUGAGGGCCUACCCAGAGGAUAGAGCAAUCCUAAAGUUAGCACGGCAGAUUAAAUCACAGUACGACACAGCGAUGCGCCGCAUAAUGGCCCAACACGACAUCGAAACCGAGUUCGAGGUCUGGACCUCCUUCGUCCUAUCCAAGCCGCGUGUCGGGUCAGACUACAAGGUGCAAGAGGAGAUGGGUAUCAUCAGCUCGACCCUCAAAGCCCGGUUCAAGGAAAUCUGCGUGGAAGCUGCUGGAGGAAGCGAUUUCAAGGCUCUGGGACCGUUCGCCACUGCUAUGUAUCAAGUCACCUGCGAGGAACUCGCUAUUGCGCUUCACGAGUGCCGCACGAUGAAGACGAUUGGUGGGAGAGAUGUUCCAAAGCGGAAGAUGGAACCGAAGUCUAUGCCCUUGAUGAGCUUCCCGUGGAUAUUCCAGUCCGUGCUUGGGAGAAUCGCGACGGGAAGCGAACCAACUACUCUGGAAGAUGUUGGCUUGUCGUUUGUUACGAGGAACGAGGCGAGGGCUAAGAAACCACGCCUUGCGAUAUCAGACGAAGAUGAUCAUGAGGACUAUAUUGAGACUGCAGAUGGAGUCACUCAUCGCGGUGAACUGCUUGAUCUCUUCCGGCCUGAUGCUGUCGAUUCUGACAGCGAUGAAGUUAUCCCGCCCUGUAACAUCCCAGACGCAGUGAGCCAAGUCCAAGGCGAACCACAGUUGAAAUACGACCUGGAUGAAACCCUCAGCCUUCCUCUGACCUCCAUGGAUCUCCUCGCCAACUUUCCCGAAGCAAAUAACCGGCAAGAGGAAUUGCUCAACAUACCAGAUGCAGUGAGCGAAGUCCAAGACGAACUACAGCUGAAAUAUGACCUGGAUGAAACCCCCAGCCUUACUUUAACCUCCAUGGAUCUCCUCGCCACCUUCCUCGAAGCAAAUAACCAGCAAGAAGAAUUGCUCAGCAUCCCAGAUACUUCUCGAUGUAGCCGCGUAAACUCGCACUAUGAAGAUUUGGCUGACCUGGGGGGCCAUUACCACGAUCUAGCUGACUUGGGCGCUGAAUGUGGCAUUACUGGCACAGAGGAAUUGCUGGUAGACACAUCCAGUGCCAAGAUCCAAGAAGAUUUGGCUGACCUGGGCGGUGAAUGCGGCAUUGCUGGCGCAGAGGAACUGCUGGUAGACAUAGUCAGUGCCAAGAUCCAAGAAGAUUUGGCUAACCUGGGCGUCCAUUGCCACUAUAUGGCUGACUUGGGUGCUGAAUGUGGUAUGACUGGCGCAGAGGAACUUCUGGUAGACAUAGCCAGUGCCAAAAUCCAAGAAGAUAGCAACGAUGCUGACGAGUUCGAGGAUGGGAGCGACUAUGGAGAAGUAGUUACCCUCGAUAUCGAAGAAAGUGCGCUAGAGCAAUUGCUAAAAUUGACCUGUUAG